AGCAUAGAAGCCCGUGAACGUGCAGAGGCCUCCUAAGCAGCUGUUCGGAUUCGCAAUAGUAAGCGAAUCAGAAAGAUGGAAAAACUAGAAACAUUCCACAGCUCGAAGAGAAAACACGCGUUCUAACAUGUUAUUUACGAAUUUAAGUGAUAUUUGGUAAACACGAAUCUUAAUUUAAAGACAACCGAGCGUUCGAUUAAAAAGGGCAGAAACCAACGAGGAAAUUGCAAAAAUAUUCAAGGCCGUGAUGGCGGAGGAGGAAAGCGAAUUCCUGGCAGCCUAUGCUAGCAUCAAAACAGCCUACAAAGCGGCCAUGACGCAGGUGGACCUGGCCGUAUGUCACGAGGAGCAGGAAUCCCUAGGCCAAGCCAUUGAGGCCUACGCUCUGGCCCUGCGUAUGAUAGAGGACACCUUCGGAAUUCCAGUAGGUCUUCCCAAAGAGAUCGACACAGUGCAGACGGAGUGGAACGAUGCCUGUGCGCUUAUCCAAAAGCUCAAGAGCGCCGAAACGGAAUUGAGAUACCGUCUUAAGAUUCUGCGAUCCCAGAACCAGUCCAUUGAUGAUACAGCCAUGGAGGCCAAAGAGGAAAGUCGAACUACGGUGGAUACAAGCAGACCAUUGCUAGCGGAAAACCCCUACACGCAUUAUGACAUAGCCAAUUCCAGUGGAACACCAAAAACCUACAGGGAGCUGGCUGCCGGGUUGCGGGAGCUCUUAGCUGUACAGGACUCGAAUGUCUUGCUGGAUGAGCUCUUCCGUGCACAGGUCAAAAUAUAUCGGAUUGAAGCCAGUGGAACUGUUACCUCCAUGAGCUGUUCGUCCACUAUGUCAUUGGUAAUGUGUACCGUGGGUGGCAAAUGGAAGUACCUCAGUGGAAUGUACUACAUACAGUGCUCCGUGCCAAAUGAAGGAGCUGCAGGGAUUUGGCUCUACCCCCUGGUUCCCUCUAUUACACACUGCUACCAAACAGAGUACGGAGCCUUUAUUUUUUCGGAUAUGGAGUGCCAGCAGCCGGGAAAUGCGUUUGGCUUGAUCCUAACGAAGGAGGGCCUGACAUCGAACUCGGAGAUGGAACUAGAGGACCUUCAGCAGUUCUUCCUUGACUUAUUGGAGGCCGUACUCGCUGGCACGGUGGAGCAGCUGAAAUCUCCGACCUCCCAACGUGCUGGCCUCGCUUCAGAUACCGUUUCCGGAUCAGAACAGGUGUCUAGACACAUUGUGAGUGCGGCUGAUUUCAUUGCUAGUAAUCUGGUAAAGGGAGCCGAGAAGACAGGAGGCUUGAUGCUUAGGAGUACUCCGUAUCUGAUUUCCAAGAUGACGCCAGCUUCGGUGGAUACUCAGGUGCCCAGCUCCGUCCAAACUUCAGUUGAAGUGGCCCAAAAAGUAACGCACGUCGCAGCCGGAAUGACAGGAUGGAUAGCUGGAAAGGUUGGCACUGCCUCAAUGACUGUCGGUCGCUACCUGGCUCCUCACAUUCAGGAGCAAGGCUCUAAAUUGCUGCAGAAGGGAUUUGGCUACGGCAGCAGCGAGGCUAAUAGCACCAUGGAGGGCGCCAUGACCAUCGCGGCAGGAGCCGUGGAAGGUGUCAGCACCGUAUUCGAUGGCCUCGAGACUUCAGCCAAGAUUCUGGGUUCCAGCCUUAGUGAAAACUCCGUCAAGAUAAUCGAACACAAAUAUGGUCAGCAGACGGGAAAUCUGGCUAGUGGCACCUUUGAUACGGUGGGCAACGUUUUCGUGGUCAGUCAGAACGUGAACUACAUUACCCCGAAGGGCAUUGCCAAGAAAAUGGUCAAACGAACCGGUGAAGCCGUGGUCAGCGAUUACAAACGGGACCUACGAAAAUCGGAAUCUCAUUUUAUUAAUGCCGGAGCUCUCUAUCCGGAUCUGCGGGCUUUGAAAGAAUAGCGUGCAUACCAAAGGAACUAACCAUAUGUAUAAUAUAAUCGUUGAUAUUAUAGCAUUACUAUGAUAUUAUACUAUAGCUUUUUUUUAUAUAAUAGCCAUGUCCUAGAGAGAAUUUUAAAAAUUUGA